CCAUCCCCACAUCUUAAGUAAAAUUAUACGGGGUGUUGUCUCUUGUUUUGGCCAUUUAUAUAAAUCCGAGGUGGAUUUCUUUGGUCACCGCAUUCAGCGAGCAAAAACGCGAAGGUGCGCCCAGAGUCAUACGCACCAUGGCUUCAAUUAUUUUUGGCGCACUACUGCUUUGUACGGUUGUGGUUUAUUCCGGAGCUACUUUUGGUGGGAAAGAACAUGUGCAUAUUAAAAUCCACGUUCCCGAGCCAGCCUCCAGCCACAAAGUCGUUAAGCAAAUAGUGAUUCAUGAUCAUGGCGGAGGACAUGGCGGAGGAGGAGGAGGUGGUGGAGGAUAUGGAGGAGGUGGAGGAAUUGGCGGAGGACACGAUGAUCAUCACGGAGGAGGCGGUGGUGGUGGAUUUGGAGGAGGUUUUGGAGGAGGAUUUGAAGACCACCACGGCGGCGGAGGUGGAGGUGGUUACGGAGGAGGCGGCGGAUUCGGUGGAGGAUUUGAUGACCACCACGGUGGCGGCGGAUUUGGAGGUGGCGGUGGAUUUGGCGAUGGAGGAUUUGGUGGCGGUCACAGUGACCAUCAUGGAGGCGGCGGUGGUUACGGAGGAGGAGGAGGAGGCGGAGGUGGCCAUGGAGACAGUGUAACCUAUACAAUUGCGUUGAAAGAUCAUGGAGGUGGUGGAGGAGGAGGCGGAGGAUAUGGAGGUGGUCACGGCGGUGGUCAUGGAGGCGGCUAUGGUGGAGGUGGAGGAUAUGGUGGUGGUGGAGGACAUGGAGGAGGCCAUGGAGGUGGUCAUGGCGGUGGUGGCGAUAUCCAACUAAUUCAGUUACACGGUGGAGAUCCUCUACCUAGUGGAGGUAACUGAAUUUUGAGAAAUUUUCAAGCAAUAACUACUUACUUCUCCAUCGCAUGACAUUUGCAGUUUUUCUCGAUAAGAUUGCGGAUGCAAUAGCUUAAUGUUUCCCGCAAUGAAAACCUUUUAUUAUUUUUAGGUGGAGGAUAUGGAGGAGGUGGAGGAUAUGGAGGAGGUGGAGGAUUUGGAGUAGGCGGCGGCCAUGAUGAUCACCAUGGAGGAGGCGGCGGAGGCUUUGGAGGCGGAGGUGGAUUUGGUGGAGGUUUAGACGACCACCAUGGUGGCGGUGGAGGAGGAUAUGGAGGCGGCGGCGGAUUUGGCGGAGGUAAGUUCUUGAGCAAUUUUUGAUGCCAAUAAAAUUUACUUUACAUGAGCAAACUGAAUUGCGUUCAUACAGUUUCUUGUGUAUCCGUAGGAGGAGGUUUUGGAGGUGACGACCACCACGGCGGUGGUGGAGGCGGAUAUGGAGGCGGCGGUGGUUUCGGAGGCGGUGGAGGCUUCGGAGGUGACGAUCACCACGGAAGUGGCGGAGGAGGUUACGGCGGCGGCGGCGGAUUUGGCGGAGGUUUGAAUUGUUUCUAUUCUUAAAAAAUUACUCAACACUCUUGUUUGGCUUUGAGAAUUCCAUUUUCACAUUAAGUCCUAUUAGUAAACGGCAGUCCCAAACGCCGUAACAGCUCGGAAAAACAUUUACUUGAAUUGAAAAAGUAAAGAUGUUUCAAAGUUUUGCUAGCUAAAAUGUAUUUCAUAUUUAUCGGAUGACUGCUAAGUGAUAUGCUGAAUUAUGAUGAAUGAUUCAAGAUGCUGUACCGAAUGCUUCAUUUUUCAUCUGGCCUUUUUUAAAUUAGUAUUUCUAAACAGUGCAUAAACCCUAUAAAGGUAGACAAAAAAAAGAAAUAUAUUUAAAAAGCAACAAAUUUAUUAAACUCAACACCAAUAACCAUUAGCCUUAACCUUAACAUUAAAAACAAAUACAAUCAAAUUUUAAAUUUAAUCUACAAAAUCUGCUUAAAAAAAUGUUCUCGCUCGAAACAAGCAGCAUUUAAUUGGCUGAUUCUGUUUUUCUUUAAAAUAAUUACAUGAACACAGGUAGAAUUCCACUAGAUAAUGAAAUAAACAGAAAAAAAAAUAAAACACUUAACAAGGCUGAAACAAAAUUGUAUUUUCAGGCGGAGGUUUUGGAGGAGGCCACGAUGAUCAUCACGGAGGUGGAGGAGGCGGCGGCUUUGGAGGAGGCGGUGGUUUUGGAGGCGGUCAUGACCAUGGAGCUGGUGGGGGCGGAUACGGAGGAGGCGGUGGCUUUGGAGGAGGCGGCGGACUCGGAGGUGGCCAUGAUGAUCACGGUAUUGGAGGAGGUGGAUAUGGAGGCGGUGGUGGAGGAGGAUAUGGAGGAGGAGGCGGCGGAUUUGGAGGUCACGACGAUCACCAUGGAGGUGGAGGCGGUGGAUACGGAGGCGGUGGUGGAGGAUAUGGAGGAGGCGGAGGCCACGGAGGUGGUGGAGGAGGAGGCGGACAUGGAGGAGGUUGGGAUCGGAAAUAGCUCUACCUCUAAACAAGUUCUUUCAAGUCGUGUCAGUAUUAAUAUAAAUAAUUUGAACACUCUAAGCGCAUACUGGAAAAUUUAUAAUUUGGACUGUCUACUAAAACAUUGUUUGAGUGUAUAUUUUUGGUUUUGCGUAUGUAUUUUCAGGUUUAAUUCUUCAUAUUUAUAAGUGGUUCGCCUUAAAGUUGUUCAGAUAUCCCAAAAACACCACACUAAAUGCUCUCUAAAAUAAUCAAAUUAAAGUUGCUUAGGUCAGAACUACACUUAAUGCCGCUGUAGCUCAUUGUGAUUGUAUAUUAUACCAUCUUUUUGUAAAUAUUAGGUUGCGAAUGUGUCCGUUGUUAUUACUUAUAUCUGUAAAUAUUACGUUUAAGGAUGUUAAUUAUGUUAAAUAAAAUUAUUAUAUUUUUUAUACGAA